AUGGCAGACUUCGACGUAAACUCGGCUUUCAUACCCGCACUUCACAAACCUGCUGCCCUUCUUCCAAUUGCCAAGCACCGUGAAGGCUUGCUUUAUCUCAUCGAAACCAAACCUGUUACCAUCAUUGUCGGCCAGACGGGCUCAGGCAAGACCACCCAAAUCCCCCAAUUUUUGGAAGCGUCGGGAUGGGCGGACGGCGGCAAGGUCAUCGGCGUAACACAGCCACGUCGAGUCGCAGCAACGACGGUCGCCCUGCGAGUCGCUGAGGAAGUCGGCUGCGAGGUUGGAAAGGAAGUCGGCUACUCAAUUCGGUUUGAAGAUGUCACGUCGUCAUCCACACGAAUCAAAUUUUUGACCGACGGCCUCCUGAUCAGAGAGGCUCUUGUCGAUCCUCUUCUCUCGCGGUACUCGGUCAUCAUGGUAGACGAGGCGCACGAAAGGUCCAUCAGCACAGAUAUCUUGUUAGGCCUGUUGAAAAAGAUCAUGAGGAAGCGUCCUGAACUCCGCUUAAUUAUCAGCAGCGCGACACUACAAGCAGACGCCUUCCUCAAAUACUUUACACCUGCGCCGGACUCUGGAGCGCCCGAACCACAAAUUCCAGAAUCACCAGCAACAGUCGUCAACAUCGAGGGCCGGGCCUUUCCGAUCGAUAUCCUAUAUCUCGAAGAGCCAACCGAAGACUACUUCGAGAGGGCCAUAACUACUGUUCUGGACAUUCAUACGAAGGAGGCCGAUGGCGAUAUCCUGGUCUUUCUGACUGGCCGUGAAGAAAUUGAUAGGGCCGUCCAAGCUGUCGCAGAUCGACUGCUUGAGAUGGGUCCUCAAGAACGAACUCUUGAACCACUACCAUUAUAUGCAGGGCUGUCGACCGAGCAGCAGAUGUUCAUCUUCGACAAACCGCCGGAGAACAAAAGAAAAGUGGUUUUCUCCACGAACAUUGCGGAGGCUUCAGUGACGAUUGACGGCAUCGUCUACGUUGUAGACUGUGGUUUCGUAAAGCUCAGGACGUACGACCCCGACCUCGGCAUCGACUCGCUUACUACAACUCCGCUAUCCAAAGCAUCAGCCAUGCAGAGAGCAGGACGAGCAGGUCGUACGAGAGCUGGCAAAUGCUUCAGGCUCUACACUGAGGAGACAUGGGAGAGCUUGGCUGACGCAAAUGUUCCUGAAAUCCAAAGGACUAACCUUGCGCCAUUUAUCCUGCAGCUGAAAGCCCUCGGCAUCGACAAUAUUCUGCGGUUCCCCUUUCUCAGCGCGCCUCCAGCCAAACUGAUGGCAAAGGCCCUUGAGCUACUCUAUUCGCUCGGCGCACUUGACGAGUACGCCAAAUUGACCCGCCCGUUGGGAUACAGAAUGGCCGAGAUUGCCGUAGAGCCGAUGAUGGGCAAGACGUUGCUGAGUGCACAGUCUUUCGGCUGUUUAAGUGAGAUUCUCACGAUUGCUGCCAUGACCAGCGUCGCUGGCAAUGUGUGGUUUUACCACGACGGCGAGAGAAAAAGGAUGGAAAGUUCAAGACGCAAAUUUGCCGUCGAAGAGGGUGAUCACCUGACGCUGCUCAACGUUUAUCUCGCCUUUAUCACCAAAGGCAAGAAAGAGGCGCGCUUCUGUCAUGAUCACAACCUCAACUUCAAGACGAUGACCAAGGCAGUCAGUGUUCGGGCCCAGCUCAAGCGAUACAUCGAGCGGUUCGGCAUACCGGUCGACGAAUCGCUUGGGACGAAACUGACGCAGCAGGACAUGUUGAAAAAAGCUGAGCAGAUUCGAAGAUGUCUCACGAGUGGGUAUUUUGCCCACGCGGCGAGGAUGCGUCCCGAUGGAACGUUCCAAAAAGUGGCCGGCGACAUGACGCUGCACGCGCAUCCAACAUCACUCCUUUUCAGUCGCAAGGCGGACUGGGUCAUCUAUCACGAGAUUAUAGAGACUAGCAGCAAGGUCUACAUCCGUGACAUAACCAAGAUUGAAAGGAACUGGCUCUUGGAGUACGCACCCGACUUCUACAAGAUUUCCAAACCAGCAGACAGGGUGUAA